GAAAUGCAUAACAUCUGUAAAUAGAAGAACACGUUUACAUAUAAAUUAGAACAAAACUGAGCGGGAAUCACCGUGUAGAUUAAAGGCUUCCUGGAUUACAAGUGUAGACUCCUUUAAAGUUGACUGGAGCAAUAUACCUAUUCAUAUUCUUCUCAUAAGUUAACUAUUGGAAAUCGGCAGCAUUGUUAAUACAGGUGAAAAAUGCCAGGGGAACAGUUAACCUGUGUUUGGCAAGCCAUAUAUGCCCUAGAUCGUCAAAACAGUAUAAACAUGAACAAAGAUGCUUUGAAAUUAUUUCUUAUAAAUGCCGCUCAAUACGAAUCAAUCCACUUUUCUGAACGCAAAUAUUCCGACACGUUUUCAGAGGCAACUGUUAAGUUCGAUGAUUUCAAAGAAUACGUAAAAAAACAUCUGCGGGAAAAUGGGGUUACCUAUUCCAAAACUUGCAGUGAUUUGGAAGAAAUGAGUUGGAACAACCUGAAGUCUGGCCUGAAAAGUAAACUAGAGAUAGGAGACGUUUAUAAACUAUGGCGCAUUUCUAAUCGGCUGGUCAAGGAAGAUACAUACCCACCUGUGGUCUUCAAAGAGGAAGCAAGCUGGCUUUUAGAAAAAGUGCUGUCUAAUCUUGGACAUAAUCUCAAGUCUUCAGAUGAUGCCUUCAGAGAAGACAAAUUUACGUUCCAAGACAUGUUAUCAGUUAUGGAGGAUUUUGCUUUUUCCGACACAUCACAGCAACAAAUAAAUACAUGUAUCAACGAUCUCUAUAUGUGGUUGGUUGUAGAAGUGAUGAAGAAAAGCAAAGUAUACAAACGUACUAAGAAGCAAGCAAAUUGGACAAAUUGGGUAAAACGUUGGUGUGUUUUGACACCUCAGUACCUUCGAUACUAUGGUACGGAUGUUAAAGCGUCAACAAAAGUUCAAACAAAAGCUGAUUCCAAUCAAAAAGGCGAAUUUACGUUUACUAAGAAUACUAAACUAGAAAGCCUUGAAGGGUACAGUGGUGUAGUUAAAAAUCUGCAAGGAAGAUUUAGGCUCGCAAAUGUUCCAGUGUUAGAAAUGGAAAUAGCUGUCGAUGACGAGAAUGAGAAACGUGCAUGGUUAUCUGACCUAGAGGAAAUAAUUCAGUGCUUGAGAGAUAAUACAACACCUGUUCAAAAACUUCUCAAGGAAAGGCAUUUGAAAAGUAUGGCAGCAAGGGAAAAGAAAGAUGGAAUAAAUAAACAAGUAGAAGAUAUCGAAUCAGCUCUGAAUAAAACAAAGCUCCGGGCCGAGAGGCAGUCUAAAAAGCAAGUUUCCGAUGACACACCCAAAGUAGUAAAACCAUUAACAACAGGAGAAACUAAAGACAAAACACAACUGAAGCGCCCUUCAUUGGAAAAAGAGAGUGCAGAAAAGAUAAAAGCGAUGUUUAUGAAAAUUGACACGAACGGAAACGGACUGCUGGAUAAAUUAGAAUUUGCAAACUUCUUAAAGGGUCUUGGAUUAAACAUGUCAGAAAAAGAAAGCAAUCUAGUUUUCAAAUCUGUAGAUACAAAUAAAAGUGAACAGAUAACCUUUGAACAAUUCCAAAACUACUUUUGUGUGCAUAUCAUGAACGAAACGGAAACUGCCGAAUGCGUAAAUGCAAUGCGAAAAGCAUUUUUGGAGGCUGAUCGUGAUGGAUCAGGAACACUAAACUUCCGGGAAUUCACGGAGUUUGUUUGGGAAAAAAACAGGUCUGCUAGAAUGACAAAAAUUUUGAAGUCUUUCGCUAACAUUACUACUGACGAAAUAUCGUUUAAUGAUUUUGAAAAGCUGGUUUCAGGCAGUGGAGCAGAGGUUCUUGUGCCAAUAUUAGAAGAAGAAAUAGAACGCGGCACUGAUUCAUCUCUGGAUGACUUUAAAGACCGCCUUCAAAAAGUCUAUAAGGACACAGAAGCAGAUGAACUAGCAACCUAUAUAAGACAGCGAUGGGAUAAAUUUGCUACAUUCCGAAGGGCUGGACAAACAGGUUCUGUUGUUAUGACUGGUGGACACGGAAUGGUAGCAGAUAUUGUCCCAGGAGAGUAUAGUUUGAUUGACCUUGCUUGCUUCAGUGACCUGCCUCCAUUGGAACCAAAGCAUAAGGUCGUAAAAGAUACACAAUGGUUAUCCAGUACAAUACCUGGAAAAUCAGGAAAGAUCAUAUUUCCACUUGAAUUUGACAAACAAGUACCAACCGAACAGGCUACAUCAGAACUUUUGCGGUAUUAUGGAUGCAGUUUUGCUGAUAGUCAGCAAGAAAAAAUUUCCUUGCUCUUCCGUCACGGAAUUCAGGAUUUCACUUAUGAAAACGGAUACCUGGAAAAGUACGUAACGGCUACAAAUGGUGGGGCAGGGAUUGAAAAACAUGAUUUUUCACAUUUAGAUUGUCCUUUGUCAGAAGAUUCGGGAUUUUUCAUCCUUGCAAAAUUCUUGGACAAUGGCGACUUCCACAUAACAGCCUUCCGACUUCCUGUACGUCAUACAUUGUAUGUACCCGGAGGAGUAAUUCAUUGUAAUGACUACCUCAAAGGAACAUGGAGGACCAUGCUGUCAGAUGAAACAGACAUUGAUCACGUGCAUCUCACACAUGUCAUAGAAAAAGGACACGAAGAAAAGUUUAGAUUUCAGUUUACAUAAUUGCUAAUUCCAGUCAAAUUCUUUGUUUACAAAGAGGUUGUUGAUUAUUUGUAUAUACUUAAUUUAGAAACUGAUUAAGAAAUAUAAUUAGUUAGUGCACCCGUGUAUGCUUUUACAAAUACUUGUUAAUUUGAAUGAAAAGCAUUGUUACAAAAUUUUUAAUGAAAUAAGGAAACAUCGAUCAUAAUUGAUUGGUAAAAAUGUUUGCCUUGCUUUAUGCAGGGAAAGGUGAUAUAAUAUGAGGCUUAUUAAUCAGGAAUAAAUAAGAUAUUAAACAGGA